GUCACAAAAUUCGCGCCAAAUCAUGUUGAAAGACCCUCUGGUUCAUAUCGAGGCAAGGGAAACACAUGCUCGAUCAAGAUGUCCGACGAGAUGGUAAACAAAGGUAAAACUUACAGACUUUCGUUCGAAGACUUUGUUCUGCUUCCGUUAUUUGCUGUGCUUAUAUUCCUGAGUCUACGAAUAUGCUUUCUUAAAGUUAAACGAAGAAUAAAAAGUCACGAAGAGAGCAAAUGCCCUAAUAAGAACUGCAUUAGAUGCAGAGGCCAUGGAAACAAAGAAACUCUUCUGAGGAAACUCAAUGCAUUUAAAGAGCUAUACAGUCUAGACGAAGAAGUUCUCAAACGAAUUAGGAAUUCAAUCGAAAAAUCUGCUGAUAAACAAAUAUUGUCGACAAGACCUCAGCAAAUGCCCACAGUGUUAUAUAUCCAAGAUCUCCAACCGAUGACACCAUUUCAUGCUCUAAACAAUGAAUUAACGGUCUUUAUGGACAAGAGCUGCCUCAGAUCUGUUAAAAACGAACUGAAUGAGAUAUUGAAACAGGAAUAUUUAUGGUCGUACAAUGAAGUUCAGUCAGGAAGUUGGAGACUUUAUUACUUUUUCAACCAAGGAAACAUGCAGAAUGACAAUUGCAGUAGAUGUCCUGAAACAUCUAAGAUGAUUUCGAACUUGACAUCAUUUAUGGGUAACAGCCCAUUUGGUAAUGCUGCAUUCUCGGUACUGUCUCCUGGAACUAGCAUCAAACCACACUAUGGUGCUACAAAUGCACGCUUGCGUUGUCAUGUAACUUUAAAAGAAGGUGCUUGUUGUAAUCUCUUUGUUGGUAAUGAAAAAUUGGUUUACAAGGAGGACAAGAUCUUACUUUUUGAUGACUCAUUCAUACAUAGUGUAGAACAUGAGGAUUGUGGUGAAGACAACAGAGUUGUGUUAAUGAUUGACUUGUGGCAUCCAAGUCUUACAAGCAAAGAGAAAGAAGCAAUUAACUGUAUAUACUCUUGAGGUUGUUAUGGCCUAACAAGGCUAUGAUAAGGAUUUCAAGGUUGUUAAUUAAAAUGUUCUUGAGUUGCCAAGAUAUACAGUCAAAAAACUAUUUCUAUAAUAUUUCAAAGUUUAAAUUUUUGUAUGUUCAGUUAUGAACUUUAUACUCCUAAAUAUUGAAAUAAUAAAAUCCAAAGAUUUUAUAUUUUGAGUUGAAUUUUAUUUUCUGUCUUGAAAUAUAAUUAUCUUGCCUAAACCUGGCUUAUUUGUGAAAAAGGAAAAAAAUGGCUGUUCAAACGAGAGGCAAUUAAUUUAUUAGAACCUGUAAGGGUGCUGGGACAGUCAAGUCUAAAAACCAACAAAAGGCUACUACUAUACUAGGGAUUGUGCAAAAGAAAACAUAUUACAUUGAUUAAUUCAUUUACCAACGAAAUCAAUUCAUUAAAAUGAAUACAUUUUACUUCAGUAUACUUCAUCCUUGAAGAUAAAAAAUAUAAACUGCAAGUCAGAAUACAAAAAGGACUUUGGAUUCUUUUUGGGAAAUUUUUCAAUUUUUCAGAUCUAUUCUAUAUAUCUAUCUAAUGUUACCUGUUGCAUUAGUAAUAAAGAAACAAUUUUCUCUACAUAUAUUUUGUUUUUGGUAAGAAUUUAAUGAUGCAGUGUAGUUGCUAAUAUUUUCCUUGACUGUACAGCAUAAACCCAAAAAAAUACGUCAGCAUUACUUGUGAUGAAAUUUUACUAGUUCUACUAGUUGCAUUUAUCAUAACAAAACCAAAGAUACAAUGAUGAUUUCUUUUCAGAACUGAUCAAAAAUUUAAAUAAAGUUUAAUAUUAAAAUUAAUGGUCAAUCUGCAUUCAAAGCAAGUACAAAGUUUGAACACAAAAGAAAUCAAGUUUGCAGUGUACAAUCUUACUUUACUUCUACAAAAUAUCUGCAUAAAAGAACUAAAUGUGUGACAACCUAAAGAUAAUUAUAAACAGCAUCUAAGGUCAUAAUUGAGUUUCAUUACAGGUGUAUGUACAUAAUGAGUGUAAUCUAGUAAAAUCUAGUUCAGUAAAUUCUACAUUCCUCAGCUUCCUCCUUACUUUUGCUCGCAACAGGAGUCAAUAAGUAUAAUAAUUAGUAUUUGGUGGAUUUUUUAGAAAAAAAAAAUAACUUGGCUUACAGCAUCAUGCAAACAGGGUCUCCUUAAGAUAAAAAUGUAGGUUGAUCAAAGUGCCAGGCACAGGCGUGUGUCCAUCUGUGAUGCCAGAACAACUCAAAUGAUGUGUGUGAGGAUGGCUCAGUUGUUAGAGGCGCUGACAGACCCAAGGGUCCAUGGUUCGAGUUCCGGCAUGACCAAACUUUCACCCAGAGUGAAGAGAGUCACCAGCUCUCUGUAAUUCCAGGCAUAGGAAUCAUGAGGUGUGGUCACAUAGAGAGGAAAGACCAAGACACUACUCGAUAGGCAUGAGCUUCUCAGUGCCCUAAAAACUACCUUCGGAUGCUAGGAAGAAACAAAUAAAAAUACAAAUCAAUCAAACAAAAGACUAAAGAAAACCAAGGACCUACCAGAGAUCCUCAGUUUCAUUGGGCUGCCUUUUUCAUUCUUUUUUAAGAGAAUUAUCAGGAAAAUUUUCAAAAAAAAUUGUCUGCAUGCAUGAUGAAAAAAUGGUGCUAAUUUGUUUGAACCCAAGAAAAAUGUAAAGAUUAUACUCAUGUGCAUUAGCCCUUAGUGAGGAAUGUGAUGACAUAAAAUCAAACUCCUUUUACCAUAGUUUAUCUAACUGUCUUGAGGUGAUUGUAGCAUUCCCUUUGACAAUGGAAAACCUUCUAUUCAAAAAACUAACUAUGAUAACUAUGAUAAAUUCUCAACUGCCAAACAAAAUUUUCAGUCUAGAUAUAUUUUGACACUUGGCAGAAAGUAUCCCUAAAAGUUUCAUACUGAUUAAAGAGUGGAAUGGUUAGGGGCAUGAGCUCCCACUGCUCCUGAUUUCUAUUGAUCUAUCUUCAUAGGAGCAUUUGGUUAAGGCACAAGCAAGCAGUCUCUUUGUGCCAAGGUCUGAUUUUGCAACAACCAUCUUAAUUAAAACUCCUGUCCAAUUAAAAUUCUUGUCAAACAAGUUAAACUU